AUGGCCUCCACCUCUGCACUCCCCCAAACCCUUCGCUCCAUCACCGCCACCAAAAUCAAGGAGCUCUCCAAACAGCGCGGCUUAUUUGAAAAGCGCCGCGAUGAGAUUAUCCAGUCCGCUGCUGCAACCUCUGACCUGCGAACAAAGGCUCGAGUUCUCUUGGAAGGCGUCACCAGACUGAAGGGCCACCCGAACGAUGCAUUUGACAAGGAGGAUCUCGAUGUCGACGCUGAGUCAUUUGAAACACCAGUUGAAGCUGGGACGGAGCGAGCAGUCCACGCUAACAUCCGUCGGUUCCUUUUGCAGGGGAAGUAUGACCCAUCCGUGUCUGAGUCGAGCUUGAGGGAAUGCAUUGAGUCGCUUGAGAAGGAGAUCAUGUAUAUGGAGCGAGCGCAUGAUCAUGCCUCAUUCUAUAGUGCGCUUGUCACGGAAUGGCUGGAGGAUUUAGAGGCUUCUGGCGGCAUUUCAGCUAUGAAGGGUGAAGAGGAUGAAAGUGUUGAAGACGUCGGCAUGGAGAAGCUCGGACGUACGGAAAUGCACGAGCAGAGGAGAAUAUGGGAGCACAUCGUUUUCAAUGGCUCAAACGUACAAGCGGACAUGAUCCGUGCCUAUCUCGACAGCCUAUUUAUGCAAACGGCGCUCUCGCAGCAGGCUCUGAAAGAGCUCCGUGAAACCAUCAAAUCCUUUGCGACGAGCUUCUCGGCGGAGAAGACGUGGAUUACUCUAGACGAACUUUCCUGGGUCUCCCAGUCACUGUUGAAAACUGAUCUUCUGUCGAAGGAGAAGACAGUCAUCCUUAAGGAGCUCAUGCGGAACAAUGCUGUCGCGCAGGAGGUCGCUGACGUUUUGAAUAUGCGCAUCGCAUCCCUGGAUAGUUGGAGCUGGCCUGGAGAGGGCGUACCUGUGGAGAUGCGUCGUCAGUUGAAUGGAAAAUACCGAGUGUUCAUGGAUGAAGACCUACUCGACAGUCUUAUGUUUCAGUAUCUGGGCUCCAAAUGGGCGGUGGCUUUACGAUCCGCGUUUGUCACCUUCCUUGGUUCGCGUGGUUGGAAGAAAUCGCGCGAUAAUAUUCCCGAGCAGGACAAUUUGCGCCGGAGUUAUUUCGUCGGACUUCCUCGUUUUCAAGGAGUGAAUGAAGAAAGACAGGGAGUUUAUAAGCGGGACUAUUUCAUGUCUCAGCUGCCUUCCACUGUUGACACGGAGGUAGGCAGCUACGACAACGACGAUGAUGACGACGGAAACAAUGUGAACCGUCCUCAGAACGCCCUUGACACGAAACACUCCCUUCUUCACCUUCUUAUCACGGAAUCCAUUCUACACACCAACCUCCAUGGACAGUUCACAGCUAUCAGGUCAGAUUUCAAAUGGUUUGGCCCAUCUCUCCCACACACCACGAUGCUCACAGUCCUUUCCUACUUCGGAGUGCCUCAGCAAUGGCUAGAAUUUUUUCGUACUUUCCUGGAAGCACCGAUGAAAUUCGUCCACGACGGUCCAAAUGCCACUGUCUUACGCCGAAAAAGGGGGAUCCCAAUGAGCCAUACGCUCUCCACGGCAAUGGGAGAAGCCGUGCUAUUUUGUAUGGACUAUGCCGUAAAUCAGAGCACUGAUGGGGCAUACCUAUACCGACUGCAUGAUGACUUUUGGUUUUGGGGCCAAGAGAGGACGUGCGUGAAAGCAUGGACCGCUAUGACCGUUUUUGCCGAAGUCAUGGGUCUUGAGUUCAACGAGGAAAAGACGGGGACCGUACGCUGGCAAGGGGCUGGCGAGAAACUGCCACAAAUAUUGACUCCACCUCCUGUGCAGCCUGAAGGGGAGGAUUUGCUUCCAUCUGGCAAUAUACGCUGGGGCUUCCUGAAACUUGACUCUCAAGAGCGCCGCUUUAUCAUUGAUCGAGAAAUGGUCGAAAAGCACAUAGCCGAGCUCCGACGCCAGCUUUCCGCCUGUAGGAGUAUUUUCGCAUGGAUACAAGCAUGGAACGGCUACUUUGGCCGAUUUUUUGUGAACAACUUUGCUAAACCCGCUGUUUGUUUCGGGAGGGAGCACAUAGACAUGGCAAUCACGACACUGAGUUAUAUCGAACACGCACUUUUCCCUGGAAGCGACGGUGGUGGAGUGACCAACAGCCUCCGAAAGACGAUCGCUGAGCGGUUCGAUGUCCACGAUAUUCCUGACGGUUUAUUUUACUUUCCUAUCGAACUUGGCGGCCUGAAUCUUCUCAAUCCUUACAUUCCCCUUCUUGCCAUGCGCGAGGAUAUCAAGCAAACGCCACACCGCCGGAUUCAAAAAGCAUUCCUGGAUGAAGAGGCAGCCUAUCUUUCAGCAAAGGAGAACUUUGAGAAGACUGGCCCUCAGAACCCCCAGGCCUUUGUGCUUGGAAGCAAAAGCGAAUCAGCCUUCCCGCGAGAGUUCCUUUCCCUUGAGGAGUACAUGAAAUACGCCGAGUGCUUUAGCCGCCCCCUUUUGGACGCCUAUCGGGACUUGAUCCGCAUUCCGGAUCAAAUCAGCGUUGACCUCACACUUGCUAUGCGUGGCAUCCUAACUCUGAGCGCGACGAGGACUUCAGCGAAAACCAUCUCUGGAGACUGGCGGAGUAUGUCACCUUACUGGAAGUGGACGGCCGAGCUUUAUCGGGCUGGGAUGGUGAAGAGGUACGGUAACCUCGCAGCCGUAAAUCGGGAGUUCAUGCCUGUCGGUGUGGUUGAGACACUGAAGGAGGGAAAAUUCCGCUGGCAAGGCUGA